AUGUUGUUCGGAAGCACAGUGUUGAGCUUAACCCUUCUAGUGGGUUACGUAGCCGCACAGUAUGACUACGCGGAAGAAACAACAGCUGCCCCAAAUUAUCCGGACUACGGAGACUAUCAAACUGCCGCUCCAGCCCCAGAUUACGGAGCUUACCCUGACUAUGGGAGCACCACCACACCUACUGUUGGAGGCAUCGAUCCCGGGCUAUAUCCCAACUACGACAAUUAUGACGUGAUCACGCAGCCGCCGGUGAUUCGCAAUCCCACAACCACUGGUCCUUGUAACCGUUUCCCAAACACUAUUGUCAACUGGUACCUCAUCCGGAGGCCUUCCUCUGUGAUAACUGCCCGAAGGAUUACUCCGAUGAGGCGUCACCAGAUGUACAACGCGUACCGGUAUCCUUGGAAUCGAGUCUACGGAGCUGCUCAGUAUCACGUCCGGGCUCAUGUUGCGCCACGCAGGCAACGAAUCACGAACUACAGAACGUACCGAAGAGGAGCUGUUGCCAAGGUCAUGCGGUAUUAUUGGUAACGGAACUGAUCAAGGCAAUUUCAAAACAUAAUAGUUAAAAUAAUGUAUCUCUAAUAGAAUUACUUUGAAAGAUUUAAUAAAAUACCAUCAUUUAU